UUGAUCACAGGGGGUUCAGAGGAAAGCAAGCGAUUUCGGCUGAAUAUUCGAAGGUAUAACAAGGCCCUCUCUUUUACCUCCAUGGCUGCUACCGUUGACAGAAACUUGGCAAGUCCUUCGGAUGGCGUCUACACUUUCCGAAUCCAGGGAGAAGUGCACCAUUUUUAUAGGAACCUUCUUCCGGAAAAUGGAGAGCGGCCCAAGUUUGCACAGAUUUCUUUCUACGAUUCAACUGCACAACUGGAGCUGCGCAAGGACCUUUAUCCGCAACUGGAGGAGAGCAUAUUAAGGGAGCUUCAGACCAUGAUCGAGCAAAGUAACCCUCUUGCCCGGACAUACAAGACUAUACGCGAACGUGAG